CUGCUUAAUUCCAGCUUUCUUCCCCUUCCUGGGUCCUAUAUUAGGGAAGAUGGAAUUUUCCCUUUUCCCUAAAUCUGUGACAGACUUCUUUUAUGCUGCACUGCAGAAGAUCAAGUCUAAUCGUGAGAACAGCAAGCAACCGAGUCGAGUGGAUUUCCUUCAGCUGAUGAUUGACUCCCAGAAGCACAAUGGAGUAGAACAGAAUAAAGGUUUGAGUGAUCAUGAGAUCCUUUCUCAAGCCAUGAUUUUCCUCUUUGCUGGAUAUGAAACAACCAGCAGCACUCUGUGUUUCAUGGCUUACAAUCUGGCAACAAACCCUCACGUCAUGAAACGGCUGCAAGAGGAGGUUGACUCUACCUUCCCUAACAAGGUAAGUGUGGAGUGAGGAGAGUACAACGAUCAAGGAAGCAGGGAGGUAACCAAGUAAUUAAUUUAAAGCUGUACUCUGACUCUCCCUGGGGAGUUUCUCCAGGACCAUUUGCAUUAUCACACUGGACAUAUCGUGGCACCUAGCUCUGACAAACACGCUGACCUUGGAUACCUUUUACCUUGUUAUGGCUAAUGUGUUAGCAAACCGUUGAAAAAUUGCAACAGACG